AUGGGUCGACGAAAUAAAACCCAGGAGAAUUUAACGUUAUUACAACUUCAGAAUUAUAUUAAAAGAGAUCCUGGCUCCUAUCGUGAUGAGUUUACACAGCAAUAUCGCUACUAUCAAUCCAAUCUGAAGAUAUUUCAAUUGCAGCCAUCCCAACCAUCGAAAACUAUGAUAGAAUUAAUCAUGUUCAUCAGCCAGGUCGCUCAUUGCUAUCCAGAAGACUUAGAUACAUUUCCGCAAGAGUUAAUCGAUCUAAUUCGGCAAUAUCAAGACGUAUUGGAUACUGACUUGAGAUUGGCCAUAUGCAGGGCAUUAAUUUUAAUCCGAAACAAGAAUCUACUAUCUCCUACUAGUUUAUUAGAGUUAUUCUUUGAAUUAUUUCGCUGUAAAGAUAAGCUACUUAGGAAGACACUAUACAAUCACAUUGUAGCUGAUAUAAGUAAUAUCAAUUUGAAGCACAAAAAUAAUAAAGUUAAUAAGGCUUUGCAAGGAUUUAUGUAUAAAGUACUUUGCGAUGGUGAUGCUUUAGCAACCCGAUAUUCUGUGGAAGUUAUGAUAGAAUUGUAUAAGAAAAGUAUAUGGAAUGACAGUAAGACCGUUAAUGCUAUCGUUUUGGCAUGUUUUUCUAACGUCGCGAAGGCUCGAGUUAUCGCAGUAAAAUUUUUUCUCGGUACGGAUGAUAUUGAAGACGGAUCUGACAGUGACGAUAGUGAUGACGCAGUAAGCAUUUGUAAUUUGUAUUUGCGAAUUUCUUAUGACCAUUACUUAGGAGAACGUCAAAAUUCUUUACGUUACUACCCAACGAAGAUGAAAGGAUUGCUUGUAUCUCAUAAUGUAUCGAAAAAAACUAAAAAGAAAAAGAAAACUUUAGAAAAGGCUCUAGCUGCCUUAAAGAAACACAAAAAGAAGCGUUCUGCUAAAAGUUCGAGUUUUUCUGCGUUGUAUCUCAUUAACGACCCUCAAGCCUUUGCUGAAAAAUUAUACAAAGAACUUGAAAAAGCUGGUGACAAAUUUGAAAUUCGAAUCAUGAUAGCAGAUUUAAUUAGUCGACUAGUUGGUUUACAUCAGCUGUUUCUAUUCAACUUUUAUCCAUACCUCCAAAGAUAUUUACAACCGCAUCAACAAGAAGUUACAAAGUUUUUAACUUUUGUCGCUCGGUCAAGUCAUGACCUUAUCCCUCCUGAGACUCUAGAGCCGGUCUUGAGAACGAUUGUAAAUAAUUUUGUUACUGAGAGAAACUCUAGUGAAGUUAUGGCUGUUGGCCUUAACGCGGUUAGAGAAAUGUGUGCUAAAUGUCCGAACGUAAUGACAGAGGAGCUGCUACAGGAUCUCACGCAAUACAAAUCCUCUAAGAACAAAAGUGUUUUGAUGGCGGCUAGGUCGCUCAUUCAGUUAUAUCGCUAUAUAAACCCAAGUCUUUUGCGUAAAAAGGACAGAGGUAAGCCGAUGGAAUUAUCGAAAGAAGUUGGACCGUUAGCUUUCAGUGAAGUCAAAGCUGCUGGUCAUGUACCAGGAACUGAGUUCCUUGAAGUUUCAGAAAAUGUGGAUGGAGAAGAGGAAAUAGAUUCUGCAAUUGCAUAUGUAGAUUCCGAUGAAGGUACAUCAGAUGAUGAUGCAAUAUCAUUGAACUCAGAAGGUGAAGACGAUGAUGCAUCAAGUAGUGAGGAAAUACCUGCAGAACGUAAAACAGAUAAAAGGGCAGAGAAAGCAAGACGGACAAUGUCGACAGAUAGCGACCAAUUUGAUAAAAUUAGAACAGAGAAAGUACUACGAGAAUUAGAUAUGAGAACUGGUGGUAAAAUGAAAAGGAAGCAUCUUGAAACUAUGGUCGAUAAUGAAAUGGAAAAGGAAUUGAGUAAGCCGAUCAUUUCUCAAGAUGACAUUGAAAUUAUUCAUAAGAAAGCAAGACAUGACAGAGAAUCACGUCUUGCGACAGUUAAAGAAGGUCGAGAAGGACGCGGCAAAUUUACAAAUGAGAAAUAUCGUAUGAACGAAUUUGCUAGCACAUCCCAUAAGGAAAAACGUAAAGGUAAAUCGUUUAUGAUGGUUCGACAAGCAAAAGGAGUACAGAGAAAGAUUAAACGAUCUUUUCGUCAAAAGCAGUUGGCACUAAGAGAUUCAAUGCUAAAACGGCGAAAAUCGAAGCGAUAA